AUGGGCGAUCACCAGCCGUACGUGACCAUUCGGUCUCGGCGACCUCAUGACGGGAACAGCGUGAGCAGUGCAGACUCGACUGUAGGUGCCAGGAUCUCGUCGAUCCAGUCGCGCAGAGUACGUGUAGACUCACAAACCGGCCAUGACCAGUACGGUUCAAGCUCCGGCGAUACGCCUCGGCCCGCCACACACGAUAUCAGCCGCGUUAGCUAUCACGUCAAGCACCUCGAUGCCUUUGCUCAGACCCUGGAGAAUUCUGCAAACAGGGCGUUUCCGAAUCGCGGGAAAUCAUCACAGCGAUAUUCAAAGGUCCAGGCCUUGCUCCUCCACUGGGGCUGUGACGACCUCUUUGUGUUGCCCGAGUUGGAGGAUCUGGAACGGUACCUCCGCGAGGACUAUGCUUUUGACACGGAGAUCUUUCCUAUACCGUCUGAAAACUCACAUCUAGAGCUCAUGAUGCAGGUCGGCAAGCUGAUCAAAGACCACGAGGCCCAAGACACGCUCUUUUUAGUCUACUACGGCGGUCAUGCCAGGAUAGACGAGUCUCGUCAGAGCACUUGGUGCGCCACUCGACAUCCCGACUCGGCCUGGCUACAGUGGUCCGCAAUCCAGACCCUGCUAGAGCGUUCGGCCUCCGACGUUCUCAUCCUCCUCGACUGCUGCGCGGGAGCGGCAAGCGCAACGUUUCCCAACGGCAACAGCAUCACCGAGACCAUAUCCGCCUCGAGCUGGGACGCCAUCGCCCCGGACCCGGGCCGCUACUCCUUCACAAACGCCCUCAUCGAGGUGAUGCAGGAGUGGAGGCUCCGCACCUUUUCCGCGGCCAUGUUGCACGCCGAGGUCCUCGCCCGCCUGAAGCACCCGCGACCCGUCACCAUCAACGGCAAGGUAUUUGAGGCCAGGUCGACGCCGGUUCACUUCAUGAUGACGUCGAAUCACAAGGCGCCGAGCAUCGAGUUGUCCCGGGUCGUGCCGCCUGAGCAGCGGCCACCGUCGCCGCCGUUGGAUGCCGCGAUGAUCGCAGAAGGCAACGGAUCGCCUGAAGGGGUUACGGGGGGGCGAGGGCCUGGCGCUCCAUUAUCGGGAGAGCCGAACGAGGAUACGCCGCAUGUCAUGAUCUCACUGGCACUCGAAGACAAUCAGCAAUUAGACUUGAGCGCUUGGGAGCAGUGGCUGUCCAACUUCCCAGCCCUGGCGAAAUACGUCAAAGUUCAGGGUGUUUUCAAGAGUCAUUCCACAUUGCUCCUCUUGUCUAUGCCAGUCAUGGUAUGGGAUCUUCUGCCCGAGGACCAUGCGACCUCGUUCAUAGCCUUCAUUCGGUCCAAUAACCUGGUGGUUGAGAGGAUUCAUAACAAAGACGAGGAGGCUAAGGUGAGCACUCCGGUAAGUAGAGGCGCUCGUGUAGUACAAGACAACACACAGCCGGAAUCUGCGUCAAUGGGCACCUUUUUCUCGGAUGUCACCUAUACGAAUGCUCCAACGGAAAGAAGCGUCAUGGAGGCGCAGGUGAGAGGCAGUGGAGCAAAUGUGAGAUUGAAUGAAGGAGGACCGAUUAGUAUCCAGGAGUCAGAGAUGGGAUCACCAUCAUCAUCGCCAGUCGUCAGACCAACGCGUUCGCUCCCGUUUCCAAACCCAACAGCUUCAAUCGAAGCCUUGCAACGGCACCACACCUCAUCUUCUCAAGUAUCAUCGGAGGGGCCACCGAUAUCCAGAUCAAUGAUUCCGAACCAGCAGAGAAGCGCGCGGGUAACCAUGUUGUAUGAUAUUCCAGAGCCGCCCAAGUUCUCACAGCAUGUCGAGAUCUUGCUCCAACAAUAUUACCGGCAAGAGCCGCUACCCAACGAUGAUCAAAAGAACUUUGUUGCCUCAAAUCUUGGGAUAGAGCUGUGGCACGUCGAGGCCUGGUUCCAUCACCGGCGGGAACGAGAUAUCGUCUCGCAGCAAUUCCAAGCCCUUAGAAUGGGCGGUGAUCCGGCACCGGUGGCAUCCAAAGGAGCCCAGAUGAUACUGCCGCAUCAUCUUCAAAGAAUCAUCGAGGUCCUAUCUUCUAGCAGGAUCCUAAUGAUUGACAUCCGUCCACCGGCUGACUUUGAGAAAUCUCACAUCAAGGGGGCAAUCAACCUCCGCGCCCCCCUAAGCUUCAUCAGAGAAGCCUCGUUCGACAUGAUCGAGCGAGCUUUCCCAGACCAAGGCAGCAGACAGGUCUUUGGCGAAUGGCAAUCCGCCACAUGCUUGGUCGUCUACGACCGCGUCAUAGACGCCUCGCAGGAGUGCCCCCUCGCCGACGUUCUCUACGACAAGUUCAGAACCUGGGGCUGGCCAGGCCGAUGUUUCGUCCUCAAAGGCCACUACAAGGAGUUCAGCGUCUCGUACAAGACAUCCAUCACCGGAUCCAAGGUGUCGAGCGAGGCAGGGCAUCAGCAGCAGCAAAACCCGGAUCCCCUCCGCCAAAAGACAUCGACGGCCGCACCGUCAGAGACUGAUGACGCGGCGGCGAGAAGGAGAGCACAGUACCAGGAACUGCUGACUCAAAUCGACAACGAGGGCAUAGUGGCCAACACCAGCAGCAGCAAUAAUAGCGGUAGCUAUUACGCCUCGUCCCAGCAUGAACGAGACCUCGAAGCCGAGUUCCGGCGUCGCGUCCCGGACCUCUACCGCAAAGCCCUGGAAGAUGAGGACGGGAACAGCAGUACCGCAACCUUUGGAUUCGACACAAAGGCGCCGCUGGUCGAGUAUCUCGACAGAGGCCUCUCCCACAUCCGGCAGGGGAAACCCGUCACGUCCGCCGCGACUGACAGCUGGCGGCCCAUCGACAAGGCCCCGUCCCCUUUAUCGUCGCCGUCGUCAUCGCUGUCAUUGACAAACACCACCAACACCGCGAUUGGUGGGAUGUCGAAACUUGCCGCGGAGGGCUGUCACGCCCAAUUUGACUCAGGGGCCGCCGCAAUCGCCCUCGCCACACCGCUGGGUUCUUCGGAUGAUUCUUAUGUGAAGAUCAGCAGGGGGGAUGCGCAGUACGCGGGCGAUCUCCCUGCUGCUGGUGUUGGUACUCCCCCGAACCCGGGCCAUCAUCAACAGCAGACGUACCAUCAUCACCACGGCGGCCUCGUCGGGAGCAAAGACGGGACGACGAGGGAUGCCCACGUCGUUGGUCCGCCCGGGGAUGAAACGCCCAAAAGGGGCCGGGGCGGUUUCCUGAAUAAGGUUCUGCGAAGGGCAUAA